AUGUGCACCAACUGUUUCACUCGUAAUGGGACACGUGAAUUAGAUUUCAUAGUCGUAUGGCUCGAUGCAGCAGUGGGUGACAGUGCACUUAAAUUGGUACAAAAAAAAGUUCAACUAAUAAUGAAGCAUUUUAAGAAUAUGGAUACAGAAGAAGACUGUGAAGAAUAUAUUCGUUCUGCUCAACUUGGUCAAACUAUUGUUGUGGUUACCACUGAAGAUUCUGCUAAAAUUAUCGUACCCGCCAUUCAUCACCGAUGUCAAGUGGGAGCUGUAUUUGUCUACAAUGGUACAAGCACGACGUGUGACCAAUGGAAAUCCAUAUAUAAAAAGGUCAAAUUCCUCGAGCUUGAUGCAGUUGAAAAGCAUGUCAAAGCAUUUCGGUGUCGCUGGCUCCGCAAUACAUCUCAUGAUUAUAUUCCAAUGAGUAUUUUCAACAUGCAAAAUGUCAGCGCAGAACGUUCAUCUACAGAUUUAAACGGAAGGUUUCUCUUUGUGCAAUUGCUGCUGGAUAUUCUUCUGGACUUAGAUCCGCCGUUCAGCAAUAAAGACAAGUUUAUUCGGAAAUGUGCCAGAUUGUAUGAAAGAAAUGCAAAGGAAUUGGAAGUCCUGGCAGACUUCAACACAAAUUAUUGUCCAACUGCAGUUUUAGAGUGGUAUACAAGAGAAUGUUUCAUUUUUAAACUUCUCAACAAAGCACUUCGACGACAAAAUAUUUCACUUCUUCUUCUCUUUUCCUUCUUCAUUCAAGAUAUGCAAAAUCAACUGAAAAAUUUACAGUGUCAAUCAUCAGUAAAUGUAUAUCGCGGUCAAGUGAUUUUAAAGACCGAAUUAGCUCAUUUGAAAAACUCAUGCGGCAAAUAUAUUGCUAUGAAUUCGUUUUUGUCAACGAGUCUUAGUAGAGACGUAGCUCUUCAGUUCAUGGGUGGUGCUACCGGAAGCCCGACUGAAGAAGAUUUAGAAUACGUUUUGUUUGAUAUACAUGCGACUUCUAAUGACAAGACUGGAGGAUCAUCAUUUGUCAACAUUGCUGAUACUGGUUAUUUUGAUGCAGAAGAAGAAGUCUUAUUCAGUUUAAAUUCAGUGUUCCAACUCGAUAGUGUCCAAACUGAUCCAACACAUCCAGAUUUAACCAUUAUAAAAAUGACGUUCUGUGACAACAACAAGCAUGAGUUACACGCCGUUUUUAAUGCGAUGAAAAAACAGUUCAAACAAGAUUGCAAUGAUAUAAGAGGAGACGAUCGCGAUACAACCCCUAUAACUCUCGGUGUUGUCCUACUCAAUAUGGGACACAUGAAACUAGCGAAGACGGUCUUCACUCAGGUGCUACGUAAACUGAGAAGAUCACCAGACACAGUAGAUGUUGGCAGAUGCUGCCAUUAUAUUGGUGAUGUAUACCGACAAAAAAAUUGCUUUUCAAAAAGUAUCCAGUGGUACAAAAAAGCAUUGAGAAUAUACGAAACAAGACGACAGAUUGGAAAUUUCCAGUAUGGUACCGAACUGAUCUUGCCAACUGGUGGUCGACAAAUGUCAGCAGACGAUGGCGAAAGAGUCUACGNUCGGUGUCGCUGGCUCCGCAAUACAUCUCAUGAUUAUAUUCCAAUGAGUAUUUUCAACAUGCAAAAUGUCAGCGCAGAACGUUCAUCUACAGAUUUAAACGGAAGGUUUCUCUUUGUGCAACUGCUGCUGGAUAUUCUUUUGAGCUUAGAUCCGCCGUUCAGUAAUAAAGAGAAGUUUAUUCGGAAAUGUGCCAAAUUGUAUGAAAGAAAUGCAACGGAAUUGAAAGUCCUGGCAGACUUCAAUGCAGAUUAUCGUCCAGCUGUAGUUUUAGAGUGGUAUACAAGAGAAUGUUUCAUUUUUAAACUUCUCAACAAAGCACUCCGACGACAAAAUAUUUCACUUCUUCUUCUCUUUUCCUUCUUCAUUCAAGAUAUGCAAACUCAACUGAAAAAGUUACAAUGUCAAUCAUCAGUCGACGUAUAUCGCGGUCAAGUGAUUUUAAAGACCGAAUUAGCUCAUUUGAAAAACUCAUGCGGCAAAUACAUUGCUAUGAAUUCGUUUUUGUCAACGAGUCUUAGUAGAGACGUAGCUCUUCAGUUCAUGAGUGGUGCUAUCGGAAGCCCGAUUGAAGAAGGUUUAGAAUAUGUUUUGUUUGAUAUACAUGCGACUCCUAAUGACAAGACUGGAUGUUCAUCAUUUGCCAACGUUGCUGGUACUAGUUUUUCGGAUGCAGAAGAAGAAGUCUUAUUCAGUUUAAAUUCAGUGUUCCGACUCGAUAGUGUCCAAACUGAUCCAACAAAUCCAGAUUUAACCAUUGUAAAAAUGACCUUCUGUGACAACAACGAGCAUGAGUUACACGCCGUUCUUAAUGCGAUGAAAAAACAGUUCAAACAAGAUUGCAACGACAUAAGAGGAGACGAUCACGAUACAACCCCCAUAACUCUCGGUGCUGUCCUACUCAAUAUGGGACAAAUGAAACUAGCGAAGACGAUCUUCACUCAGGUGCUACGUAAACGGAGAAGAUCAUCAGACACAGUAGAUGUUGGCAGAUGCUGCCAUUAUAUUGGUGAUGUAUACCGACAAAAAAAUUGCUUUUCAAAAAGUAUCCAGUGGUACAAAAAAGCAUUGAAAAUAUGCGAAAGUACCGCACGAGACAACCAUUCAUUAGUCGCAAAAACAUACUUAUCACUUGGUCAUGCCUAUAGCAAGACGACAGAUUGGAAAUUUCCAGUAUGGUACCGAACUGAUCUUGCCAAUUGGUGGUCGACAAAUGUCAGCAGACGAUGGCGAAAGAGCCUACGUCCAUAUGAAAAAGCAUUGGCUCUGUACGAAAAACUUUAUGGUCAAGAUCAUGCGUGUUCUGAAAUAGCCGACUGCUAUCUAGGCCUAGGUUCGGUGCAUCUUCACAUUAACAACUUCAUACCCGCUAUUGACAAUUAUCAAAAGGCUUCGAUUAUUCAAACAAAAAUAUUACCUGAAUUCCAUCCUGCAUUGGCUUUUUGUCAAAAUAAAUUAGCGUACAGUUUCUUUCGAAUUAAUGAUAUGAAUUCAGCUAAAAUUCAUUUCGAGAAAGCACUGGAAGUAGGAUUAAAAUCCCUGCAGCCUGCUCAUCCUUUGAUCAUCGAGCUUUAUUACAUAUUAGGCAUUAUUCACAGAAAUACUAAUACACGGCAAGCCGAGGAGUAUUUUCAACAGCAACUGCUACUUCUUGAACACUAUCGAACAGCGAAUCAAUCUACAGCUGAUACGGUCGAGAUUGUUGGUUAUAAAAUACAUUAUAUUUGUCCGCAAUGUAAUCUCCCUGUCUGGGUAUACACAUCAUGCCGCAUUCUCAAAGGAAAAACCUGUCCAAGGUGCAUGCGCCAGUUCUCAUGUUUGCGGUCAGCGAGAGUGCAUGUGAUGCUUGCUCAGCCGGAUGAAUAA